GGAUGCACUAUCAUCAUGAUCAUUUGCAUUUAUACAGAACAUCUGCUCUCUGACGAGUUCCUUCUGUCUAUUUCAUCCUUCAAGGUUUUUUUGAACAUGAAAAUGUGAGGAUGUGGACUCCGUACGAGCUGUCCCCGGGGUUUUCAGCUCGGGUUGUGAAGUUGCUCCUUCAUGGAAGUUCUCGUGUGGCAGACGUGCAAAAAUAGAUAGAGCAACAGGAGCUGGUUGUCCUGGGGAGAGCCGGCCCCGCGUUUCCUUACCAUGUUGACGAGGCGCUGCCAGCAACAGCAAGGAGCCAAUACGGUCCUUUCACAAUCAUACCGUGAUGGACGACGCGGAGAUUAUUUCAUCAGAAGGUGACGCGGGGCCACCGGGAGGUGAAGCUCCUGCUAGUACCUCCCCUGGCGGUACUAGAGAUGCUGCACCUGGUGGUCUCACGUCCGAUGAGAACUAUGAGCAGGAAAAGAACAAAUAUCUGCACGAAGCCCAGGCCGAGGGUGAGGCCGCUGAGCCGGGACCGCCACGAGGCGGAGCAGCGGGGGAAAGAGACGAAAGCGCCACGGGAGACACAACAUCAAGGGGCGGGCGAGGAGCAGAGGCAGAUGGAAGAAAACAAGCUCAUCAUCCGCCUGGCGUUCUUGCAGGAGAUCAUGUCGGCGCCGCGGGAGGCCGAGGCGCUAGCGCUACGACCGGCACCGGUACCCCUCCCGCCCCGGCCCACGACAUCGACCCGGCGACCUUCCCCACCGACUGGGGCUACGUGAUCCCGGACGCGCCCAGCAUCAAGGACAUGGAUCCGGAGUUCGUCUUUUCGUGUCCGAGCAGCCAUCCGUUGCGGAACAACCGCGUCGUGCAGGCUGACGUGAAGCGGACCCGGGCCGCGGUGCCCGCCGUGGUGGCGCAACACGGGCGGCUCGAAACCCUGAUCACGAACUAUUGCCAGGCCACCGACACCUUCUACCGCCAGGGACUGAACGAGAUCCUGGCGCCGUUUCUGUUGCUGGAGCCCGCCAACGACUUGAAAGCGUUGAUCAAGUUUCACGGCUUUUUCGCGAAGUUCUGCGCUCCCUUCUUCGCGGACCAGUUUAAGCAGAUGGAGGCGGUCCUGCGCACCUUCGACGCUUUAUCAAAUGCAAAAAUGUCUGGGUCUGGAAGAAUGCAUGUUUGUCAUGCUUGUCUGGCAUGACUCUUUCUUAAAUCUGUCAUGCACGUUACCUUGCUUGACUCUUAAAUCAGUGCCUGCACGCACCACCAGAAGUGCGUUGGUACGCCUCUGCUUUUCUGCAUGCACCAUCAGAAGUGCAUUGAAUCGCGAGGGGAGACAUUAAGACAUUAAGACUACUUGUACUAUCGGCUUUCGUGCCACCGGGACGUCCUGCCCGUAGACCACCAAUGUCAUGCACGUUACCUCCCAAGAGCCCCAUUUUUCUGUCAUGCAGAGACGCAGUUUGUCAUGCAGAAUAGGCAACACCUAGGAGCUCAGAAACUUGCCAUGCUGAGUCAACACUUGUGGCCUCCUCAUGAUACGCCACCCAGCAUCACAAGUUUCCAGACCCAGACAUAUUUGCCAUCCAUACGCUUUACUGCUGUACCACUUCCCCGACCUGCACCAGGAGCUGGCGAUCAACGACCUGGAACCAGUCGUGUACGCCACGCCCUGGUUCGUUACCAUAUUCGCCUCCAAAAUGGACGAUUUGCGGGAAGUUGUAUUUUUUUUUGUCAGUUUUUCAUCUGUCUCUUUAACUUUAGGGGACCACUUCCUUGAAGGAAGUUAAGUUUGUGCAGUCCAUCUCCAUGAUGGAUGCUUGUCGACAUAUUUUCUUUACUCUCUCCCCCUGCACGACCAGGUGCGGCUGUGGAAGUUUUACUGCAUCCGCAACGACCCCGCGUACGUGGCCUUCAUCGGUCUGGCCAUGCUGAAGCGCGCCAAGGGAGAGAUUUUGCGGACCGACGUGUCCGCGCUACCCGGGCUGCUCGCAUCGCUGGCGCCCCUUCCCGUGGACGAGGUGUUUCUCGUCGCGGACGAGCUGUACCAGCAGACCCCGGCCGUGUUCGCCACACACAUCCGGUACCAGUUGCCCUGGCAGAGUCCCCUCCCGCCCACCGGCGACCCGCUCGACGCGGCCACCUACCUGCAAGACUGGGACUUCCGCGCCGCAGCGAGCAGUGGCGGGUUCUACUCCGACCCGGAGCAGGAACAGGACCUGGAAGAUCAUUCCGAAACCGGUCGCGAAAUAGUAAUUAAGUCACCAUCUUCCCCGAGGAAUGGCGAGGACGGAGGUGUUAAUUCGGCUGCAAACGUCGCCGCGACGGCGUUGACGACGCUGGCCGGCUUCGGCCACAGUGCCAGCGGCGGGUCGUUUUUUUCGUCUGGGACUUCCAACUCGGGCAACCGGAGCCCGGCAGCAGAGCUCUACCACCGCCAGAACAACAACUUCCAAACGUCGGUCGGGGCCGGAUCCACGAGGGUCGUCGGGCUCACGGCCACGGAAGCGCUGCAGAUGCUGCAUUCAGGGAGCGGGAAAAAGCGGAUCCACGAGUUGCAGAUGAUGCUUAUCGAUAACCGCCCGCUGCGGGAUUUCGAGGACAACGGGCGGCUCCCGAGCGCCGUGCACUGCGAGGACGCGCUCACGCUGCACAAAAUGUUCUCGGAACAGCAUGAAAUAACGGGUCCAAGCAGUACCGGUGACUUGCUGGUGGACCAGGGGAGUAGAACUGAUCGUGUAGAUGGUGGAGUGAGCCAGCAGCUGAAUGUAGGGUCGUCCAGGACCGCCUCAAGAAAUAGUGACGAGCCGCGGAACAACGGAGAUCAUCAUGAAGGGACGAGCGCGGCCGUGUCUGACAAAAUAAAUCUGAAAACUGCCACAGUUCAUCAUCAACUUGAAGGUGCCUCUAGCUCAACGUCACUGCGUUCCCCAGUAAAUAACAACCACUCGCCGACGAGUAGUUCCUUGUCUACGCCGAACCACUCGGGCGCGCAGCUGUUGAGCCGCUUCCGGCACUACCGGAAAGUGCACCUGUGCGUCAUCAGCAAGAACCUCGCGUACGAAGCCGCUUUCCGCUACCAGAUUCCCUUUGUGUCCUACGUCAAGGGCGGCUACGCAGCGUUACACGACGCGGCGCUGGAGCAGAAAAUGGAAAUGAUCAACCACGACCGGGACAAGUGUUACUGGUGCGCCCCGGCAUGAUAUCUUCCGGGAAAAAAACUGCGAGUGUCAGUCUCGACGAAUCUCCAACAUACAUUCAGCAAGACAAGUCUGUCGCAUCGACCUGAUGAGCAAUAAACCUGUGAUGCGUGAUGGUCACCAGCUGCAAGAGAAAACACAUAGGAAAUGGGGAAUUUUGCAUGUCGAGCAUCAUCAUGCUGGCAACACACUGUAAUAUCAAGGGACUUCCUCAAUAUAGAUUGAAGCCGAGAUGACGCCAACGCGGGACAGUUUUGCCUUUGCAUACGUGGCGGCAGCAAGCGCACAGCUGGAAGAACUGGAUUUUUGGGGCGGUCUCGUCCAGCGCGGCGGGUUGCAACGCUGCCGCGGGACACCUCUCCCCGUCGGCCAACGAGAACUUGGUGCAGUGGCCGGUGAAAAAUCACGAGGCGCAGUGGCGAUGCCGCAGCGGAGGCUGCUCCGCCGCGGUCGUUACCACCAUCGACAACCUGCUCUAUCUCGUAUUUUAAUGCUGUUUGUCAAAAUUGUUGUGGGAAGAUGAUGAAGAUGAUGUCAGUGACCACAUGGUUGUACUUUUGGUUCUUGUUGCACUUCCACGUGCUAUGCCUGUUUGUUUCAUUUACGUUCGUCAUUCAUAAACCCAAAUUUUCGUUUCGUACUUUCUCUAGACACGUCUCGUCAUACUGCACCGCUUUUCGUAGUGUUAUGUCAUCCAUUCUCUUACUCUUUCACUGUCAGGUCGAGAUUGAUCCGGAGGGGCAGCGUGUCGGGGGCUACGUGCGCGUGAUCAGCAAGUAUCCGGUUUUUAUGAUCAGCAAGAUCACUAUGGGAGUGUCAGGAUUGAAAUCGUCAGAGUUGAAAUAACUUGUGAUGCAUAAAAUGCAAGGCAUGGAGUGCCUGUCUUGCCGGGAUGGCAAGUGAGGCAGAUUGUGAGCCUAUUUAGGGUUUGCGAUAGAGCUGCUAAAGGAGCAUGACAAAAGCGGUCUUCUGUGCCCAAACAGCAUGACAAACGGGAUGUAGACGGUUGCGAAAUUUGUCCUGCACCGCUUGGAAAUUGGGCUUCCAACUGGUAUCGAUUUUAUGCAUGACAAAUCAUUUCAACUUUGACGAUUUCAAUCCUGACGCUUCCAUAAUCACCAGCAAAAAGUCCGCGAAGGAGCCCACCCGGUGUUUUUACUUCAAGGACGGCGACUUGAAGAGCACGGGGGGUCGCAAGCCCUAUCUGGGCUUCUCCGUUACUUUCGACAGUGAAGAUAUGGAAGCGUCAGGAUUGAAAUCGUCAAAGUUGAAAUGAUUUGUCAUGCAUAAAAUGUAUGACCCGAGGCGCGUGCGUUGCAGAGCAGGCAAGUGAGGCCAUUGCAAAUUAUUUCAACUUUGACGAUUUCAAUCCUGACGCUUCCAUAGAAGACACGGCAAAAAACUGCACCACGCGAGUGGGCGAGUGUUGCCGCCGGGCAUGCGACGAAAACGGAUGAACACCUUUGAUAUCCAUAUCCUGUGACAUGCGCAUCGUCUGCUUCGGAAAGCGUCAAUGGCCGCUCCACUUGCACGUGAUGAAAAAUGUCGUGCCAAAAAUGCUGGUCGUGGCUUUUUAUGAAAUAAAAUUACCUCCUCCUCCAGAGGACGGUCGCUUGCUUGCAUUUCUGCUACUGCUCCUUCCCACAUGAUUAAGAAGUGACACUGUCCCUGUCGCAAACGCAAGAACUUCGUACAGGAAGGACAUUUACUGCGGAUCUUCAAGCAGAAGUACACAGAAUCUGCAAAAAAGAAAGAAAACAAAAAGAAUUCAAAACCACUAAGCCGUCAAGAUUCGUCGUACCCGCGUCAUAAGUCUG